GCGUAUGAGCAUGCCUACUACUCUCAGACAUAAACAAAGACAGGACGCGGCGCUGCAAUAAUCUACACUCUUUUAGUAUUUUACAUGUAAACAGUACGGGGGAAUUGGAAACCGACUUAUUUAAACAGCCAUGGAAAACGCGUUAUUGAUGCGAGUGAGUGUUUUUACCGACCAAGGAGGCAGGAAAUACAUGGAAGAUGUGACCGAGGUCAUAGUAGAGCCCAAGCCGGGAGAAGAUGAACAGAGCCCGGGAGAGCCAGAAGACAUCAAUGGGGGAGACGUUAUGGUCCUGUCUCCGUCUACGGACAAGCAUCAGAACCGGGAUAAUGAACCAGUGAUCCCCCAACAUGUUUCAGAGGCAUCGUGUGAACCUGUGCAUACGAGAGAGCAAUGUGUGUUAUUGGAAACAUCUUUACCAGGAGGUCAAAGCCCGCCGCGGGCAGAGCAGAGCCCCUCUGGUCCUUCCCGCCGCUCAGUGGCGUUCUUUGCGGUGUUUGACGGGCACGGCGGCCGCGAGGCUGCGCAGUUUGCAAGGGACUAUCUGUGGGAUUCCCUGAAGAGGCAGCGGGGCUUCUGGUCCGACUGUGACCAGGAGGUCUGCUCCGCAAUACGCAAAGGAUUCGUAGCGUGUCACCAUGCUAUGUGGAAAAAAUUACCUGAAUGGCCAAAGACGCUCACAGGCCUUCCCAGCACAUCGGGCACCACAGCCAGCGUGGUGGUCAUCCGAGGAAACCGCAUGUAUGUGGCCCACGUUGGGGAUUCAGCAGUGGUUUUAGGGGUCCAGGAUGACCCCUCAGUCCCAUUCAUCAGAGCUGUGGAAGUCACACAAGACCACAAACCUGAACUACCCAAAGAGAGGGAGCGUAUUGAAGGUCUUGGAGGCAGUGUUAUCAAGAAAUCUGGAGUGAACCGGGUUGUCUGGAAAAGGCCGAGGCUGAGCCACAACGGCCCAGUCCGCCGGAGCACCGUCAUCGACCAGAUACCGUUCUUGGCAGUAGCCCGUGCUUUAGGUGAUCUGUGGAGCUAUGACUUCUACAGCGGGGAGUUUGUGGUUUCCCCAGAGCCGGACACUAGUGUGGUGAUCCUUGACCCCAGAAAACACCGCUACAUCAUCCUGGGCAGCGACGGUCUGUGGAACAUGGUGCCACCUCAAGACGCCAUCUCCAUGUGUCAGAACAACGAGGCAACGACUCCAUGUGGUGCCUCGAGUGCCCGGCAGCUGGUCAGCCAUGCUCUGCUGCGAUGGCGUCAACGCAUGCUGCGUGCUGACAACACCAGCGCCAUCGUGAUCACUCUGCAGGAGCCCGGGAGCUCCCAGGAUGUGCUGCACCAUGAGGAGGUGCUGCUUGACUUGGCCAAGGUAUCCCAGUCUCCUCCCACCUCCAUGUCCCGCGCUGGCACUCCUCUCCUUCAGCGACCUAUAGAGGAAGACACUCCCUCUGCCAUGUGUGAGCUCGUCCCUGCCUUGGAGCGACAGGAUGGACUCUCAGGAAGCAACAGCCUGUACCGCAUGAAUGUGUCGAGCCCACUUGGUCCAAAAAGUAGUUCUGAGUUUCCCAGUCCCACUGACAGGACAUUUGUCGGCAGGAAGCUCAACAGAAAAAGAAUUCUUCAUGGAUCACCAUUAUCAGGCCCGUUGGCUAAGAAGGCCCGGCGCAGGACUGUCAACAGGCUGCCGCUGGUGCAGCACAACUCAGAGAAAAAACACAAAGAGUCCAGUAAUGUCUCACCAAUUCUCCAAGAGCAUAACAAGACCACAGUGUGUGUGUGCUAAGACACACCACACAAACACACAUAAACCUUCUGCCUCCCACUGCUAACUCGACUCAAGUGGCAUUUCUGUUUCUAAAGUUUCUCAAAGGGCAAACCAAGCCUUGCUAUAGAGGCUGUGGUAAGACUUAUUAAGCACCAGUACAUUACCUAUUUAAAAGCUUACGGUGAACUCAUUUUCACAAGACAUUUGGUGUAUUUUUAUAAAAAUUCCUUCCUGGAAGUAUGACUAAUAACGAUGCUGGUGUGAGUAUAUUGCAUUUUAUAGUUGAGUCUUGCGUAAGUCAAGCUUUUAAUGUAAAGCAAAUAUUUUUUGUACGCUCUUUUAUCGUUGGAUGAUAUUAGAGCUAAACCUCAGUUUCCAUCUCCUUUACACUCUGCCCACAUGCCAUUGUGUGCUCACCCUGUGUUUGAACAUAUUUACAUAUGUUACUUCUCAUUCUUUUAUUUAAUCACUGCUGAUGUAUUUUGAAUAUAAACUGAAGGUGCUGCUACAGCCACAAACCAGUAAGCUACUACAUUCUAUAUAUUGAUCUAUACAUAUAUAGGUGUUAGUCACAUUUUUUAUUCCUUAAGUGUACGUAUUUGACUCAUAUUUCCUUGUGAGGUUUUAAAAAGAACUGAUGGUGCUUAUAGGUUAUUGAUUGCACAAUACAUCUUAAUGGAUAGAUCCACACUUAAUGAUAUUAAUGAAUUUGUUAUUAAGUGUUCAUACAUCAAAUAGAGAUUUUCUAUGUUUCCAAGAAUGCCUUUCUGCUUUACUCAAAUACAAAGUUGGUGUUUCUGGCUCAGCAAUGAUUCAUUUCUCCUCCUGGUGUCUCUAAAACAAAGAUUUCAUUUGCUACUAAGGGACCAACACAACAAGAUGUUUACAAUCAUUACUCAUUAUGAUUUUGUGCUGCCAGGGUUAUAUUGGGGCUGCAUUGGAUGUAUCAGUGAUGUCCCGCUUGGUAUGCUUGACCUGUGAGAAUAAGGAAAUGCUCCAUCUUAAGCGUAUCUGUCUCUAAAGAUCACUUUAUCACAUGAGGGUUUGAUAGAGGCUCUCUGAAGUUUCUUUAGCAUUCCAGUCGUUCUCCCGCUCCCAUGUAGCAGCUUCAGUUGUAUGGUUACUGACGUAUACACAAGGCUAAUUUUUGACUAAAUACACAAUGCAUGGACUUUCCAAUAGAAUAUUCUUGCAAUAUUAUUGUGACUAUUUCUUUGUAAUGGAUGGAAUAGGAAUGGACAUGGAACUAUUAUAAUAACACAGCAAAUGUAGAAGACUUUGUAGAAAGGAAUUCUUAUUAAUGUGAGUUUGCAGACACCGGCAAUGCCCUUGUUUGAUUCUAACAGUUUUCUUAAAGAAUAGAAACACUCAGAUGAGAAAUAUACACUGCGAGGGAAAAAUGACAAUGACCGAAAAAGGACUGUUACAUGAUAAUGUAUUUUGAUUUAGCUUAGUGUAAUUUCUUCCAAGUUGCAUUAUGGAUUGGUUCAAACAUGUUGCAUAAGGAAUGAUGACAUUUUCUCUGCAAAUAGUCUGUUACCUUUCUUGGGAUCCCAGUACGCCUAUGAAUUUAAUACUUUGACAUUUCGAAUUAAUUUAAGUUUAUUGAUUACCAUGUUGAAUAAUGACAUCCCUGAUUCAGAUGGUUGUGCUUACAGCCAAAGGUGCAUGUGUACAGUAUAAAUGUGAAAAACACUUCUAUGGAAAUGAACCUAUUUAAAUAAAAAUCUCACUGAA